GAAGAAGCCAAACAUAAUAAAACCCACGCCAUUAUUAAAAGUAUAAAUAAUUAGUACUUAUAAUAAAUUUCCAGCUAUCCGCCGCGGUCCAAUCACAGCACUUUUUUCCCUCCUUUAACUCUUCAAUUUCCCCCUUUUUUUCUGUGUGUCUAGGUUUUCAUUUUCUAUUUUUGCUUCUCCUCUUCUCUCCCCAGCAGCAUCAUGAGCAAUCCCGACAAAGACAGCUUCGAUACGUCCGAGUUGGACUCCUCUCUCCCCGCCGCCGCCGCCGCUUUGAGUGCUGAGGAUCGCGCGGGUUUAGUAAACGCCCUCAAGAAUAAGCUGCAGGAUUUGGCCGAGCAGCACGUCGACGUGAUGGAGUCACUUCCGCCUAGAGUGCGCAAGCGCGUCGAGGCGCUGAAGAAUAUUCAGAAUCAACACGAUGAGCUCGAGGCCAAGUUUACUGAGGAAAGAACAGCACUUGAAGCUAAAUACCAGAUACUUUACGAACCUUUUUAUACGAAACGAUUUGAGAUUGUGAAUGGUGUUGCGGAAGUUGAAGGAGUGGCUGCUGAAAGUAGUGAAGUUAAAGGUGUCCCAGACUUCUGGCUGACAGCAAUGAAGACUAAUGAGAUAUUAGCCGAGGAGAUAUCAGAACGUGACGAAGAGGCUCUAAAAUAUCUUAAGGAUAUUAAGUGGACUAGGCUUGAUGAUCCCAAAGGCUUUAAGCUUGAGUUCUUCUUUGAUACCAAUCCCUUUUUUAAGAAUUCUGUUCUUACGAAAACAUAUCAUAUGAUUGAUGACGACGAGCCCAUACUAGAGAAGGCAAUUGGGACAGAGAUUGAAUGGCAUCCUGGCAAAUGCUUGACUCAAAAGGUUUUAAAGAAAAAACCAAAGAAGGGGGCCAAAAAUGCUAAGCCAAUAAUUAAGACUGAAAAGUGUGAAAGCUUUUUCAACUUCUUUAAUCCACCAGAGGUACCAGAAGAUGAGGAGGAUCUCGAUGAGGAUCAGGCUGAAGAACUCCAAAAUCUGAUGGAGCAAGACUAUGACAUCGGAUCCACGAUUCGUGAUAAAAUUAUCCCUCAUGCUGUUUCAUGGUUUACUGGGGAGGCUGGUGAAGGUGAUGAACUUAUAAUAUCAGAUGAGGAUGAGGAUGAUGAGGAUGAUGAUGAAGAAGACGAAGAUGAAGAGGAAGAUGAAGAUGAGGAUGAUGAAGAGGAAAAAGUGGAAGUCAAGAGCAGGAAGAAGCCUUCUGCACAUAAGAAAGGCGGCAGAGCACAAGCUGGGGAAGGUCAACCAGGCGAACGCCCUCCAGAAUGCAAGCAGCAGUAGCAUGGCAGAGAACAUCAAACCGACUUCUGUUCUCUGUGCAUCCGUCUCCAUCAAUUUCGAGCUCUCGACUCCUUUGCUUUGCCUCUUUUCUGUUUUUUGUGGCCUUGGUUUUCCUUAGUUGCUAGGUGAAAUCAUUCAGUUUUCAGUUGUUACAUGAGCAUGUAUCUAUAUGGUUUCUGCUCAUCUUCUUCAAUACACUGACCAACGGUAUUUGCCGUAGGUUUUAUUUAUUUAUAUACCAGUGGAGUUUGCUUUCA